AUGUCUUGGGUAAAGGAGAAGAAAGCCCCAGUAAAUCUUGAUGAGUUUGAAGACAUUGAUGAGGAUGCUUUAGUUGAAGCUCUUUCUCCAGAAGAAUUAGCAGAUCUAAAUGCGGCCAUUGAUCCCGAGGUAAGAGUCAUGAUCGAGGUUAUCUUGUUUUGGGAAUGAUUUGACAUCGAUCUACUGUCAGAGCCUAUCCGUGUUACACCAAACAUCCAACGAAUAUUUAAGUUAAUGACAAUUGUUUUCUAUCGUAUUCGUUGUUGUACAGUGAAUCGCACAGUUAUACUUCUAUGUAGGGUAUUUUAUUUGUGCCUACAGGUCUGUGAAUCCAGGUCAUUCUUUGUCCUCGAUCGCUCCUGUGAUUCGUGCUGAGCGAUUCUUCCAUAAUUUUUCAUAAGCUCACCAGCUCAAGCUGAAUUACUGCUGCACUAGUAUUUCAAAUUACCUAUCAUACUACUUAAUCGCAAAAUCUCCUUACUUUUCAAGAGUUUUUCUCUUUAAUGUGUGAAAUUCAGCUCGAAAACUCACUCAGCACUGCUAAGGAAUCUUUUUUGUAUCAAGUUGUUGUGAUAUUUUGCUGGUUGGUUUUAUUUGUUUUGCAUAUGCCUUUUCGAAGAGGAAACACAGCAAUUUUUGGCUGUAAAACAACUGGAACUGGAAAUGACAUUUACAAAAGACUGUCAUUCCAUAAAGAAGAAUUUGAGUGACCACUGGUUAUGACCAUAAAUUCCAACAUGUUUGUUUCUCACUGAUUUUCUAUCGUCUGAGCUCUGUCAAAUACGUAUACAUCAAGAACAACCUCAUUUUGUUUCAUUGUAUGCUUAUCUGGUGUUUAAGCAGAGAUAAAAUCACCUAAGAUAAUGCAUUCAACAAAUGAGGAUUUGUUAUUGAUUCAGAACAUUACAGCAAUACGCCAGUUUGCAAGGCCUAGAUGUAGCUGAGAAAAUGCUGUACAGGCUCAUUGAUUAGACCAGGUAGAUGUAGAUUAAGACUGCCAUGCAUCUUCAAAAUGACUCUUAAGCCUCUAUUCCAAAAUAUCUGAUGUUGGGAGGCUGGGAUUCCCCCUGAAAUUUGAAAAAAUUUAUAUAUAUAGUUAGGAGUCUGGUCAUUAAUUAAUUCCCUUGAGUCUAAGCUUGAUGGAACCUAUAACCAGAUGUAGAGAGCUAUACUUCACAUCUCUUGGAGACAACAUCCAACCAAACUGCAGCUUCAUGGACCCAUCCUUGACAUUUCUACAAUCUUACGUGAACGAAGAAUGCACUUUGCAGGUCACUGCUGGUGAGCAAAACAAGAACUCGCAGGCGAUCUUUGCUGUGGUCACCUAACUAUGGUAAAAGGAGGGUUGGUCACCCUACAAUCAACUACAUCGACCAACUCUGUAGAGACACAGAAUGCCUUCCAAACGACCUCCCUGCUUUGUUGCAGGACCGAGAUGGAUGGCUUCAUAGGCUCAUGAAUGCCUGAGCUAGCUUACAUGUAGGCUCGAAUCCUGUAACCUUUUACUGAUUUAAGGGACAACUAAAAGAUAUUCACUGACAUUUCAAAUCAAAGUAUCUCUACCAGCACUGUUUAAGCUCAAAAUUGAUUAAUACCAUACAUGUAACUUUAAGUUGGAAAACAAAUGGCAGACAAGACACAAUAUUCCAGACUGAAUUUCUUCAGCUCAUAAUUAGUAAGGUAACCUGCAACUAUUGAAGCAUUUUCCAAACAGAGUCCAGCAUGUUUUAACACAUUUUGUUGAAGUUUAUUGUAUUAAAUUAUUUAUGUGCCCCAAAACUCUAAUCAACAAUGGUUGAUUUCUGACAAUAAUCCGAUUAAGUUUGUCAAAGUUUAGCAAACAUAUCAUGUUACGGUAUGAUAUAAAAGCAAAAAUUAAUUUCUGAAGUACAGUCAUAAUAAUUGCUGCACAUAUACACACAAUAAUUAUUAGCUUAUAUUUUCCUCGUGUCAAACUAACCUUGAGAUUUGUGCCAUAUUUUCAAGUCUCUUAAUAGUCUAAGAAUAAAAGUGUUAAAUGAAUAAAAAAAAUACCAGUAAUUUCUGUGCAAUAGCUAGUUUGACAAUAUUUUUCUGUUGUUCAAAUGGUAAAGGUUAUUUGUAGAACUUCUGUGAUUGUCCUUUGAAAGAGAAAUAUGUAAAUAUAUUAUAAUUUUCAAUUUCAGAAUGCUCUGCUUCCAGUCAGUGAACGUCAAGCAAAUCAAACAGACAAGCAAAAUACGGGUCCUUUUAACAGACAACAUUUGCUAGAUCACUUGGAGGAACAGGCUAAGAAUGAGAAGGAACGUGAAGAUUAUGUGCCUUACAAGAAAGAAAAACGAGGAAAGGUAUGGCGGCCUAAGGACCAGCCCAGCCGAAAGGAUCCUGAACCCAUGUUACCUGAUGACCUGAGUGAGGUGUUGGAUAAUGCCACGGAAGAGGAGAUGAUGGAACUUGCAGGUAGUAUACCAUUUUCUAAUCUUGUUGGUGAUUGUUCCAAUGGCCAUUUGAUAUAAUUUAACAGUUGUUUUACACAAAUGAACCUUUCAGCAAUUCUUGGAGUACAUGGAAUGCUGACCCAAAACCAGAGUCACUGGGCAGAAAAGACGGAUGCUGGAAAAGCACUCAGGGGUAGUGGCUUAAAGAAGUACAAACCUGGUGUGUAGAUAUUAAAUUUAACUUACGAGAAACAAGAUUUGUUUUAUAUGUAGAAUUAGGUAUAUAUAAUACAAUUAGAAUGCCUUGCACUAAUUUUAUUCUAAGGUUCUUGCUUUUCUGGCUUUGUGUAUUGGACUGUAAAAAUGUAAAACACUCUCACUCAAAUAGCUUUACUCUUUUCACAUAAAGUGGAAUGAUCAUGUGUCUCCUGUGCUUUUGAAAGUACUAAAAUUCUUGAUCUAAGCAGGAAUACAGGCCUUGUUUAGAUCAAGAGUACUUGCCUGGCAAGAAAAUCUAGUUGUAUUGGAUCACUAGACGGGACUUUUUUCGAGCGUUGUGAUUAAUCUUUUUAUUGACUUUCCAGGUGUUGUGAAAGCAGCAAAGGUUAAAAAGCCAGAUCUGACAGCAGUAAAUGAGUUGAAUCUCAACAAAGCUAUGGAUCAACUGAAGAGCAAUGAUCCUAAACUCAAAAAUUUAAACCUAAACAACCAUCAAGAAGUUACAGUAGGAGUGCUUGAAGAUGUAGCAAAAGCACUAAAAAGUAACACCAAUCUUAAACAUCUUCAACUGGCAAAUACACGGAUGACAGACAAGACAGCCAAGGUGCUUGAAUAUUACUUUUUACUUACAAAUUCUAUCUGGUAACUUUGAUUCACACCAGUAGCGGCCAUUUUUUACAUAAAACUGGGUUAAUUUUGGCAAAUUUAGUUUAGCAUCCGAAUCCACAGGCUUAAAGAUAUAAGCUACGUCAUCAAAAAAUUUAAUAGGCCAGUUGCACUAAGAGGUCACGUGACCAAUGCUUCCUUUAAACGAUGAGGUGGAAUCUUGCUGAUGCCAAAAAUUGACAGAGCAGUAAAAAUGCAUUUAAGGGAGAUAUUUUAUGGCACUUUGAUUUUUCAACAAAGCAGUAUGAUUUGUAUUGGCCGCCAUGUGGGAGGGCAUACUCUUGCCCUCCAACAUGGCGGCCAAAACUACUUUUUGCUUCUAUCUUGUUAAACGUUUGAUAGUUACGCUCAGAUGUGCUGUAAACGUUACCACAUCAUCUUUUCAACAUCUUCCUUGAGCUUUAAGUGCAAAAUUUGUGUUCUGAAAGAUGUAAUUCCUAAUUUUAAAAAUCACAUUUUGGUCACGUGACCAGCUACGAACUUACUCAUUUUAAGAAAAUGGUUCGGGUUUGACAAACCAAAUCACCAUUAUUUUGCUUAAGAUAUGACCCACUAAUCGUUUUUCGAAGGCAAAAUCAUAUAACUUUCAUUUUCAUAAAAACGAUGUCACAUGACCUCUUAGUGCAAAUUUAUGUAUAUAAACUGUGAUACAACAACAAGUUUGAUACAAUAUUUGUGGUUGUAUCAAAGCAUUAAAAUCAGUUUGCACUGAACCAUUUAACUCUCAAGACAUCAUUGCUGUCUCUUUUGUACUGGUUCAAACUUAGUAGUUUGAGCUGUAUGAUAAGAAUAAGCUUUUAAGUAUGAAAGCUUUGCAGUGUACUGUGUGACAAGACAUCAAAACCAUUGACAGCACUCAUGUGAUAUUGUUUUCUCCUUUAUAUUUUCCCAAAAAUCCAAUCCGAUUUGUUUUGCUUUGUUUGUUUGGUUUUUUUUACUGUAAAAUAUUGAAGAUUUUUUUUCUGCCCUAAAUUAUCUAGUUGUUUGCUGAUGCUGUAAAUAAAAACAAAACCCUAGAGAGCAUUAACUUGGAAUCCAAUUUUCUAACUGGUGAAGGAAUAAUGGUAUGUAUAUCACUAUGUCUGAUUAUGGUAUAGUCAUUCAUAGGCAUCAAGUGUUUGACAUCUUGGUGAUCAGUGCAAAUCUGAAAUUUUUUUCUCCUGGAUCCUAACACGUUAUGAUAUGAUGCUAAAUUCGCACUUGCCCGUGGGUAGCAAAGGUACUGGAGCUUUUACUGGGCUCAACUGAUUGACAUUAGCAUAACUCUAUCCACUACCCUAACAUACUACACCUGAUGAUUCUAGUCUGAAAAGAUCUGGGAUAUUUCAAAAAGUUGGGGUUAAAGGUUUUUUUCAUAGUGGAAAGUCAUUCACUCAAGUCUUUCAAAUAUUUAGAAACAAAUAAUCCAAACAGAGCAUAACAGGAUUAACCCCGGCAGGAGGUAAACAGUUGGCUAUUAACAAACGUGGCCGAGGAUUUGAACUUGGGACGAUCGAGAACAAAUCCAGUCAGUAGCCAGAGCAGGACUCGAACCCAGGAGUGCCAAAUUGCCAGUGUAAUGCACUGGUCACUUGGCCCUGCUGGUUCAAUUUUUUCUUUGACUCAAAUUACCCUACUGGCAAGCAGCAAGGAUCUGAAGGCUGUAUUUGCAGGCUAAAAUUCUAUAAUCCUUUGUUUUUGGGUUUGAAAUUGAAUGUUGAUGAGUUUGGAACAGAGGAAAAUAAAACUUGAGUGAAGGAUAAAAUUGAACUGCAACAUAUGUAUAUUGAAUUUUAUCUCUCUUGCAACGCCCAACAACCACUCUCCUCCCAUUCCCACUUUUAGACCACUCCUCAGUUAAGAAAUAAUAAUUCUUUCUUAACUAAGGAGUGGUCUAAUAAUUAUUAUUUAUUAAAGUUUUCGUGCUUUAUUGCAACACCUUGACUGUAGUUUUUUUGUGUACCAGGCAAUCAUGAAUGUCCUAGAAACCAAUACCAACUUAAAGGCUGUACGGCUUACCAACCAGGUGGGUAAUGAUGAUUGUUUGACACUAUAUUCUUAUUUAACCUACAGCUUUUAGCUGCAAUUUCCAAGUGCUUUUUUGGAAACUCUUGGACAAAACUGCUGAAAUCCAACAGAAAUCAUGAUCAAUUUUGUCGCAGCACAAAAAAGCUGGACUCUCACUAAUCUGGACUCUCUCCAGCGAUUGACAUCCUGAUUUAAUUACUAGCUGCUGGAAUCUCAUUUCUAUGCUGAAAACAAUGUGCCGGAAUUUUUGUUUUCUCUUUGGAAGGGAUGUAACUUUUAGUCUUAUUUUUUUCCCUUUGUUACCUAUCCAGUAGCAUUUCUAUGCUCUAACUUAGUUUGUUAGCUGGGUCAUGACUUCCAUACCUCAACUUUUUGAUGAAAUAAGGGAAAGGAAUAUUCUUUAAUGCAAACAAUAUCAAUAUUAUUUGGUUUACAUGUUAUGUACCACAUGUAUGAAUGCAAAAUCAUUUUCACCCAGUUAAAUAAUAUUGAACUAUGCUAGCAACAGAUCUUUAGUACUGCAUUGCCAUUCAGGUUUUUUGGCAUGUUUUUAGAGCAUAGCAUAAUCAUGGCAAUGGUAUAGAGCGAGACACAUUAAGUGCACAACUUCAUGGAAAAUAAAUGUUUCUAUCCAAAAGUAAGCAAUCAAAGUGACUGGCAAGACUAGAGUUUGAUUUACCAAGUCUGCAAUCAGGCUGGAUAUUGUACAUUGACCGGCAGUUAUUUUCAGUCCUGGAAUAAAACCGUUUUAUUGUUAUUUGCAGAGUGCCAUCAUAGGUAGCCAGGUAGAACAGAAAAUUGUCAAUUCUCUGGAAAAGAACAAAACUCUUUUGAGUUUUGGAAUGAGCUUUGACACCCAGGGACCUAGAAUCCGAGCUGCAGAACUGAUGGUGCGAAACAAUGAUGCAAGUAAGUUAUAAUACCUUCAUGAGUGUCUUUACCCAGGGAUGUCCGUAAGAGCUAAGGGCCCAUUUUUUUCGAAAGAUGGUCAAGUUUAACCCAGGAUUAAGCCAAAUUUCAAGCAAGAACGUGUAACUCGAGCUUACAAAAUACUGUUGUGCCUUUCGGGGAAAAGAAGUGAUAGCACAAAAUGUUCCUCUAAACAAUGCACAGGAGGGUAAAUACAAAAAGUGGAAGAAAAUUUUAAUCCUGGAUUAGCGCUAAUCGGCCUUUCAGGAACCGGGCCCAGGGUUUUCAGUAGCAUUCAGAAGUACUAGAUGCAGAGGUUCAGCUGGCAGACUUGCAGUAUUUGUGUCACAGGCGUGAAUGUUGAUUGCUGGAGGCGCAAACUUCUAGGGGGGUUGGGGGCAUGCUCCCCUGAGAAGUUUUUAAAAUUAUUGGACUCUCUAAUAUGCAAUUUCCUGCAUUCCCUGGACUGAAAUUGGUUAACCGGGAAGGUCUUUUAAAGGCUUUUAAAAGCUCACAAAAAAGGAAAUAUUUGAUUUGGCAAUAUUAUAAUAUUAUUAUCAGUUUGGGGUUGUUGCAGUUUUGAGUUAAUUCCAAAACAAAUUCCAAUCAUAAGGAGUGUAUGAAUCCCGGAUGACAGAUGGUUUUCAGAUAGUAAUUUAAAUGUCCAGUCGAUUUGUUACAUUGACUUAUCAGAAAAAUCAGCUUACUGAAGCUCUAUCGGUGAAAAUAUUGGUGAUGCUUUUGGGGCGAUCUCUAGAGAGAAAUGCUUUCCACACUUUAAAAAAUAAUUGUUUUGUGUGUGAACCACAUAACAUUACAUUUCAAACAACCAGAUGUUGGGUCCUGUGUCUGGCCUGAAACAAAACCCCUGAGAGCUGGAUGCGGGCUUAUUUCACCAGCUGAAAAAGAGCUGACCACCAGCUCAAAUUGCUCUGAAAAAAAAAGACAUGGAAUAAUUUUGAAGGUGCAGUUGAGUAAAAUAGCCAGCUUGACUGACAAAAAAGCCUGCUCAGCUUUUCCUUAAUUACAUUCCUCUACACCUUUGAAUGAGAGUGGGUAGUCAGGAAUGUUGAGAUCAUUAUUGUGCAAAAAAUCCACUAGCCAUAAAUCUGGCGAAGAUUUUCAUGGUGGUUUUUGCUAUCGAGUUAGUGAAUUCUAUUCUUAACUUACCCGACGGGCAAUUGAGUUUUUUGGGGAAUUCAAAUUACAAAAGACUUGUAAUCAACCCUGCUCCACAAAUUUUUUUAGGCGUGUUGAAAUGACUUUCAGGCUUACUGAAGUACAUGCUAGCUACAACUUGCCUGAGUGGCAAGCUGUAAACUAGACUUUCUCUGCAACCUGCUUACAUGCCCUAUGAACGCCUGUUAUGCUGAUUCACAAGAUGUACAGUUCAAUGUCCACUAUGUUUCCUCUAUCAUUUAAUUUAAUUUUGAGCAAAGGGUAUUCUUUCUGAUUCUUUCUCCCGUACAAAUCCUUAUGUUUUAAAUGUUACGCAACUGUACUGACAGUCAUAUUUUGAGCUUGGACCACUUGUGAAAUGUAAAGCUGUUUACUGUGACAAGGUGCACCCACUAUUUGGAUUACACUCAAUAUCAGUUCAAGUAGCACCACUGCAUUUGAAAUCCUGUGAAUUCUUUUUAAACCUACUUUUUUAUUUUUGGAUGCUCCAAGGUGACUGCCCCUAAUUCAAAAUAGCAGUAAAAAGGUUAUUUAAUUUUAUCCCAAGUUUAGUGAUGAGUUACUUUUGACUAAGUGCACCCAGAAGUGAAAGUGUUGAUUUUUUUUGUUGCAGAACGACUGGAACGAGUUGAGAAUGGUGAUGUUGAUGAUGAAGAUGAGGAAGAAGAAGAUGAUGAGUAACUGAAAUAAGCUAUCGCGGUUCUUUUUUUGUUUGAAAAUGGCAAAGAAAGGUUGGUUUCUCUUUAGGAAUUAAUAAAACCUUUCACAGUUAAGCACAAACUCUGCUUUGUCAAAUGUGACGGUGCUUAGACUUUGCCGUUCUCGUCCUCAUGUGAUAAUCUAUAAUGUACACUGUAUCGGAAAUCAUAUCAGGGGAGAGGCUUUGAGAGAACAUACUUAGUAAUAGUUAGUAAUUUUGUCCUUGGUAGAUAUAACAACAGUUGAAUUUGUUUUAUUGCUAAUGUAACAGAUUUUUCACCUUCUUCGCUUUAAAAUCCUAGCUUUUGCUUUGCAAACCAAUUUUGUAACACAAGCUGAAUUCACUUAAAUUCACAAAUCCGUACAACAGUCCUUGUUUGUGGAAGGAGAACAGCAAGCUGUCGUUUUAAACAACUUAAGGCAAUCAAUAUAUUUUUUACCUGUGUAAGUUAGAAGAUAGCUUGCACUUUCUUCAUAAAUUUGUGCAAAUACUCCAGGGUUCAUCUUAGUUAAAGCACAAUGGAACCUCUCUUUAUAGACAUCUCUAAUAUCAGCUAUUUCGACCAAGGCACUUGUCAAAAGUCUACCUGGUCUUGUUUUCAAACCAAAAAUAUUUAAAGCUUAGUGGAUAAAAAACCAUUUAGUCAAUCAUCGUACACAGCUUAUUUUUCCCUUGCUUGCUGUAAAAUUCAAUUUUCAUAAUCACUACGUUUUGUGUGUCUUGUUUUGUCAAAAAUCGCCUUUUUCCCUAUCUGUUAUGAUAGCAUAUAAAUUUUCUGGGACAGAAGUUGCAAUAAGAAACCUCCGAGUGAUUUUAUUGUGACAAUUAAAUGUGGUCUUAAGCGAAGCUGGUGACUGGAAACAUUGAAAUGAAGGUUUCAUUAUGACUUGAAUGUUCUUGUUUUACGUCCAGAAAUGACUUGAAAAAAGAAUGUAUUAAUCUUAUCGUGUUUGUAUCCUGCAAGCCAGUUCGCUGUGGAAAUAAAUCCUGAAAACUAAGAAAUAGCGGUUG